AUGGGCCACGCGCCGGCCUCCGCACACGCCUCGCAGCAGCUACGCAGUACGCACGCCUCACCACAAGACAUGCGGUUCGCGACGUUUGUGAAGCUGGUUGCGGCGGCGGUCGUGUUAUCCACUGCCGAGGCGGGAUCCAAAGGAGACUACAAACAUGUGCACUUCAAGAUCUACGUGCCGAAGUUCAUCAAGCACAAGCACCACACGAAGACGGUGCUGAUCCACGCGGGAGGCGGCGGCGGUGGCGAGUCGGUGCACAUCGAGGGCGGCGGCCACCACGGCGGGGGCGGACACGUUCAGCUGCCGCAGCACGGCUUCAGCUUCGGCGACGGACACGGCUACGUCAUGGGCGCCAUCCACCACGUGCCUGACUCCGGCCACGGGGGCGGCAUCAUCGGACACGGACACGGCGAUGGCGGCGGCGUGUCCCACUCCGUGAGUUCACACGCUGCUCUUCUGAGCCAUGGCGUCACGCACUCCAUAGGACACCAUAAUUUCGGCGACUCCGGUUUGUCUCACGGAUACGACUCUGGUUCCUCUGGAAUUUCGGAAGGCUACCACUCGGGUGACUCGUCUGACUACGGCGGCGGCAGCGGCGCCUCCUCUGUGGAGUACCACGGGGACUCGGGGCUGGGCUCGUCCGGGGGCGGCUUCGGAGGCGGCUACGGGGGCGGCUACGGAGACGGUGCGUCGAGCGGCAUCACGACGGAGCUGACGGCGCACGGCAUCCGCCACAGCCUGGGGGGCGGGCACGGCGGCGGCUACGCGGCUGGGCUGUCCUCGUUGGUCGACGGCAACCACCUGGGCGGAGGCGGCUACGGGGGCGGAGGCCUACACUUCGCUGGGCACAGGUCGGGCGUGGCCGCGCCCUCGCAGGGGUACAGCGUGCACGAGACAAGCAACGAGGGCGGCGGCAUCGAGGAUGGCGGUUAUGGCGUCGCUGGCGGCUAUGGGGCAGGAUACGGGAGCGGCUAUGGCCGCAGUAUGCGAGUCCUCAGUCACUACUAAGCACUGCCCCGGCCCCUAACUGGAAACAGGUUGCCAGUCUUAACGCCACCCAUGAAGGCCACCAUUAAGAACUUGGUGCCACUUGGCUUAGGGCAUCGCUGUGUUUGUCACCCCCUUGCGACUGAAGAAAAUCAAGCGCGCCUGCAUUCUUUUGCUGAAAGAUCUGUCAGCAAUGGACGUAGAACCUUCUCGAAUCAAACCAAAGUCUUAUUCUCUAGUUUAGAUUCUCGUACGCCGCUUGCAAUGCAAAGCAUUGCGAUACCUCAUCACUUAGCAUUAUGUUCGCAACUUGUAGCUCUCUUUGCCCACUGAGACGCUAUUUGCAGUCCG